GUUUAGUUUGAAGUGAACUAUUCGGCAAUGUUGACAUGUUGAGCGCGUUAACGCUGUAACGGUAUAUAGACAGAUUUUGAUUUGAAGCAGCAGCAGCAAGUUGUUGUAGGAGAGUUUGUUGUGAAAAAUAUUGAUAUAUAACAAAGAAAAUUUUAAUUGAUAAUUUUUAUAAAUAACCGAAGUGCUCAACCGAAGUGAAACUUAUUUUAAUAAAAAUAUAAAAAAUAAAUAAAACGAACAGUUUGUGCUAAAAGUAUUGUUGUGCGAUCAUAAACACGUGUUGGAUAAUUGUAGUGCUCUAUUUUGAGCACAUAUAGAAUAAUUGAUGCAUGCUUUUGGGCGCAUAGACGUGUGAGUGUUAACAAAUAAAACUUCCUGAUAUUUUUGUGGCAAGCAUUUUUGUUGCAAUCAAAGAGCGGGUUUGUAGCAAACAAUUCACGCAGUAAUCAAACUUGCAUUUGAUUUUCGAAAUUACGCGCCUAUUUAUAACUAGCAUACAUUCAGGCGCGGGAGUGUUUAGCUUCAUUAACAAGCAUACCUAACGUUUAACGGCUUUUAUUUGACAAUUAAUAUAACUACUUCUCGCUUAGUGAAGCUUUUGGCUUAUUUCCAUCAUUUGUACUUACUCACUCAUUUCAUUUGUCUGUAUGUAAACGCGAAAACGCCCUCGAGCUUAAACGUCGCAGCUCAAGCGGGAUUAAGCAGAGUGUAGCAGAAGAUCAGUAAGACAGCAGUUGAAAUAAUUGCAAAGCGUAUACAAGCAAACAAUCAAUAAAUUUGUUGCAACAGAUGCCUAAUAACUGCCACCAAUGGCAUGUGCGUGUGGCAAACUCAAAUUGAAAAUCGAAUCUCAUUUGUGAAAGUGUGUCUAUAAUAACAAAGUGGAUUGCACUUUAAGUGAAUAAUUGAUGAGUCAGGAAUCAAAUCAGGCUAAUUUACAUUUGCAAAAAGGAAGGCACACUUCAUCUCACAGCCAGCAACAUAGCAUUGUGUACUUUCUUUCCCGUCUAGUACACCCGGGAGUGUCGUGCACCUCGCUCAUUUAUAAGAAACCUCACUCUGCACUCUAAAACCGUAACAUUGUGUGUGCGCUACAAAUAAACAGGCUAGCACCUCCGCUGUAUUGUGCUUUUGCGCCCAAAAGUAUAUGCCACGGUGUGUAGUAAAAUUUGGGGCAAGAAGCUGGAAGUGAAACAACAGUGAAAAGUUUCUGCAUUUUUGGCCGCUGCUAUAAAAGCGGCAGCAUCAAUCCUCGUUAAGCAGCGCGCGCGCCAGUGUGUCAGUAAACAAUUGCAAUAAAUCAAAGCUUGUCAGCGAUUCUCCCGAGUGUUCGGCGGCAACGAACGACAACAGCACGAAUGCGGGCUCACCUGCCGCACUGUUUGGGGCAUUAGUGCGCUUGUGUGCGUGCCGGCGCGUGGAUAUGUGUCAUUUUGUGGCGUGAACGUGUUAAAAAUUAAUUUGCAUAAAUAGCAAAUAUUUCGUGUUGACAGAGUAAAUAUUUGCCAGCAUAUGCAGGUGGCAACGCCAAAAAUCGUGCAAUAAAUUAUAGCGCGACACAUUUGUUGAAAAUUGCAACUUUCAGCGCAUACUUAAUGCGAAAUUUAUGCAUUUAUUUAUUUAUUUGUGUUUAACGAAAAAAAAAUUGCGGAAAAAUAAUUUAAAAAAGCAAACUGCAACGAGUAAUUGAUUAAUAGCGGUGACAAAUUAACAAAUACACAUCCGCACAAAUAAGUGCAUACAAGUGUGUCUAUGUGUGUGUGACAGUGGCGUAUAGGAAAAACUGGCUGCGGCGCCUGUGCAUAUGCAACGACUUGUGACUGCCAAGUACCGUAAAUGUGCUUAAGCAGUGAGGAGGCGCAACAAUAAGCGCAUUUAAGGCAAACUGAGUGGCGGAAAGAAAGAAAAUUAUAAAGUGAAUAAGAAAAGACAGGAAAUUCGAGGAAGCGCCGCUCAUAAAAAUACACAACAAAAGCACAGCAAGCGCUUAGAGAGUACAGAAACAAUAAUUUAUAAAAGCGUAAAAUUAAAUAACAAAGCCACUUAGCUUAAGCUGCUUGGUUUUUGCUUCGCAUGCAAAGGCGGCUGUGCCAGCGCGGAAGUGACAACACAAUGCGAGUUUAAAACAAGUAUAAAAUUGACGUUAAAAAAGUGCUCUUUCACAUACAUAAAAGAAACUGGCAUAAAAAAAACUGCUAAAACAAAGGAGUCGUACCUUAAUAAAACACAAACAAAAAAUAAUUAACAGAAACCAACAACAAUCACAGCAUUUGCUUAUAGCCACGCGGGCUCAAGUGUGCCCAUUUUCGUAACAAUGCGCAUAAUUUCGCAUAGCAUACGUUACGGCGCGCAAGCUUAUGCCGCCAACGCGGCGCAUACAAUUAACAAAAGCACUGCUACACUACCCACCAACACUGCCACCGCCAUCACCGCUACCACUACCAUCGUUACGAAACAGACAUCGACUCAAGCCACCAAAAUCUUUGCAAACGCUGCGCCACAGCAGCAACGUAACGCCAGCGCAUUGUUUGUUGACGCGUCACCGUUAGCUGUGCCACAAUUGGCCAGCGCCACCACACUGCAGGCAGCCGCUGCGCCAACAGUAACGUCAACAGCCACACGCCAAUCGCAAACGCAGUCGGUGUCGCAGUCGCAAAACUCGCUAUCAGCUACAGCAAUGCUACGUCGCUCCUACGCUGCACAAUUCAGAAUGAAUUGCCCCAUUUUAAUUGUAAUUAGCCUCGCUUGUAUCCUGCAUGCCGGUCUGCUGUGGCAUGGCGCAAGUGCAGCAAUUUCAAAUCGAGGCACCAACACACGCCCCAUGAGCACUUCGCAGACGUCAUCCAUGUCGGGUGUGCAACCGCACUUUCUCUCGCGCGGCCACACAUAUCGCGCCGUGGUGGGCGACACCCUGGUGCUGCCGUGCCAAGUCGAGAAUUUGGGAAAUUUCGUUUUGUUGUGGCGACGCGGCAUCAACGUGCUCACUGCCUCCAAUAUAAUGGUGACAAGGGAUGAGCGCAUAAGACUGAUAGACGGUUAUAAUUUAGAGAUAUCAGAUUUAGAGCCACAAGAUGCUGGGGAUUAUGUAUGUCAAAUCAGUGACAAAAUAAAUCGUGAUCAAGUGCACACUGUGGAAAUAUUGGUUCCACCGAGCGUACGCGCUAUACCCACCUCCGGCCAAUUGCAAGCACGCAAGGGUGGCCCAAUCACUUUGGAGUGCAAAGGCUCUGGAAAUCCCGUACCAUCAAUUUAUUGGACAAAGAAGAGUGGCGCUGGCAAAUCAUCAGCUCGCAUUGGCGACGGUCCAAUUCUGACACUGGAGAAACUCGAGCGUCAACAGGCUGGAGUAUAUCAAUGCACCGCAGACAAUGGAGUCGGUGAACCGGUUACAGUCGAUAUGCGCUUGGAUGUUUUAUAUCCACCGGACAUACAAGUGGAGAAGUCAUGGAUACAUUCCGGUGAGGGCUUCGAAGCAAAGCUGGUGUGCAUAGUUUACGCUGAUCCGGUGGCCACGGUGUCCUGGUACCAAAACUCAUUUCCGAUACAAACGACCGAUAGGCGAAUUAUGUCAACAAGAGGCAACCGACAUACGCUCACCAUACGACACAUACAGCAGGAGGACUUCGGCAACUACAGCUGUGUAGCCGAUAACUCACUCGGACGCUCGCGCAAGUACAUGGAGCUGUCUGGGCGCCCGGGCCCAGCUGAAUUCUACUCACCGAAAUGGGGUCGCUCAUCGGACAGCUACAAUCUGACAUGGAAAAUAGAUAGCUAUCCGCCGCUGCAGGAGGUGCGUCUGCUCUAUCGGCGUGUAUUGAUGAAUGACACAUUCCAACAGCCAGGAAGAUGGCAUGACUUCAUACUGACACCUGAACAUCGUCCCGCAUCGGAGCCACUUACACACAUCAUGUCUUAUACCAUAAAGAAUCUACAUCCGGGCGCUUACUACGAAGCGAUAGUGCAGGCGAAAAAUAGCUACGGUUGGAAUGAGGUCAGCGAUAUCUUUCAAUUUAUCGUCGCCAGCAAUACCAUGGACAUACCGCCGGAGGACGCUGAAGUGGUGGCCAGCUCCAAGUCGCGCAGCAAUGCCGCCGCCACUGGCAGCACGCAAUUGCCAACGCUCGCGCAUAGCCGAACCAUGGCAUGGUGUGCGCUCUUCGCCAUUGCGGCGAGUUGUCUGCUGCAGCGCAGGCAUCAGCGACAAAUUUGCCUCAACGUGGGAUAAGCGAGCGAAACGAACACGCGCGCGUCUUAAUGAGAAUGUGUGCAGCUUCGUGGGCGGCAAAUUAAUUUAACGUAAGAAAUGUAAUUCGAUGCUUUUGUUGAUUAUUUAUUUUCAAUUUAAGUGAUAAGCAAAGGGUCAAGUAAAAAAAAACAACAAAAAGUUGAAGCAGAAAGAUACCAAAAACGUGGAAAAUGUAGAUUAAGAUAAAGUAAGGAAACAAAUUUAUUGCGAUAAGCAGAAAAACCGCAAAUGAUUGAAAGUAUCAGCAGAAAAAAAUAUUAAAUUUAAAACCGCAAUUACGUUAUCGUAGCGAGUCAAGAGCCCUCUAAUUAAUUUGUUCAAUGAUUAUUUUUGCGAGAGGUGUGGCAACCAACAGCAGGAGCUAAAGUGAAAUUUAUGUCAAAGGGUUCAUUAACAAGCAACUACUAUCGGCCUACGGUUUUCAUUAUUGAACUAACAAAAUAUAUUUAAAUACAAGUAUAAAAUACUUUCAGUGAAAAUGAUAUUGAUGAGGCAUUUCAGACUACAGAUUUUUUGCGUCAAUCACCAACUAAUGCAACAGUGUAGAGAAUUUGCUAAUUGACUUAAUUGGGCAUGCUGCCUGUAAUGGGUAGAGAUCAAGAGCAAACUUUUUAUAUUUGAAAUCAACAAUAUUUGUGUCUACCUUUAUAGAUUUAUAUUCCUAUAGAAGUUGGAAUACCAUAUACAUAUGACUUUAUAUUCUAUUUGUCGCAGAAGAUGACAGUAGAAGAUAAGAUUUGGUGUUGAAAAAUAUAUUUUCGUUUUCUUAAGGAGUCAGUCAAACUAAUUUUUAGAUAGUUCCGUCCAAAGCAUAAACAACACAGACAAAAUAGUUUCAAUGCAAUGGCGAGUUUAUUAUCAUCAAAGAAAGCCUUGAGAUACAAUUUAGAGUUUUUUAAACAAUCCCGAUGCGAGCAAUGUAGAAGGGUGCCCGCUCUGUGGUAGCGGCUUUACAGCUGGCAACGAUUCCACAAUGACCGGGUACCGAAACCAGUCUGACGAUUAAGGCGUUAGAUGCUACUUCUAGUGAGGAAAAACAUUCCUUGACUGGCUUUGAGCGCACAACGCUAGUAUUGCCGUUCUACUGUCGGAUCGAAUGCUAACCUCCCUGAAUGUAGCUGCAUUUCGUUCCACUCUGUCUAUCGCCACUUUAAUAGUAGUCACCUCUACCUGAAAAACACUAUAGACGGUUGCCUAAAGCUACGAUUGAUAAAAAAAAUCGACUGCCGGUAAUGUCUAAGGGGGUCCAUAUGUAAAAUGAUCAAUUAUUUCUGUUGUCUGCAGGUCACUAGAGAAGCCGGACUAUAGCCGCGUUUUGAACAAGUUCAAGCUUCUUCACCAUAAAACAUCAUUUACUUGACUACGCUUUCGUAGAGCCAACACGACCAUUGGUGGGAGUUUCCACCCUUGCUCUUUGGCUCCUCUACAGCAGUAUAAGCAAUCAAUAGUUUGAAGACGUGGCCUUCCAAAAAAGGGGAGAGCUAUUUCCCUUAGUAAUUUCAGAUUUACUUGGGCUGACAGCUAAGCCGCUUCUAUUUGCCCAGUUGAGUAUCACACUGAGAAAAAAGUUCGCUCUUGGAUGGUAUUGACAUAUUUCACUUCAACCAUAAGACCAUUCACCAAGAUCCAAGCAUUAGGGAAAGUACAGCCCAUUGGGAUGCCCCAGUUAACCUUCAGGUAUGUCUUUCCACUAUCCCACUUCACUACAACCGUUCUGUCGCAAUCAAGACUAUAUAUGAAUUGCUGGAGACUUUAACCACUGCCUCUGGUCGCAUGUUGUUGAAAUUCCUCUUGAUUUCGAGAAAAGUGACUACAGAUAAUUCUUUGUGGAUAAGAGCUCUCUCUAACCAUGACACUACAACGGGCAAAGCAGUGUUGACUGACGUUCUGUUGAUAUAGUCAUGUUGGUCACUAAACAGUUUACCUAUUGGUAGUCUUCAAUAGGAUUUAUGAAAUCUGGAUAACUAUCUUCAGAUGUGUCGUUUUUACGUUCCGUAAUUUUUAAAAAAAACUACGGGAUUAUAGCUUGAAAUCAUCUAUAUUCAAGUUACAGACCUACUUCUGGCCAAAGUUCAAGGCUUAUGCAUUGUAGCAACUAUUUCGGGAGAAUAAAAUUUGCAAAAUUCUUUCAUUUGAAUUGUAACGAAGUUAGAUAUGUUCUUUCACAAUAACUGCCUCAAUCCUGCAAAUUUAAGCCAUAUGUCGAUCAGUAUCCAUAGUGAUAAAUUUUCUACAUAACUAACUUAUUUUUUUCUCUCAUGCGAUAACGAAGCAUUUCAGACAAUUUUUUAAUUCAGGCAAUUACCAAAUUGUCUACACUAAAAGACAUAACAGAAAAAUGCUAAUUGACUCAAUUAAGCAGCGGUCUGAAAGGCCUGGAAGUAUGCAACGUAAAUUGUAAAUACAGAGUGUUGAUUUAAGUAAUAAAAAAGAUUAGAUAGUAGAAACUUGUAAAUAAAAUAAAUUUUAAAAUAAAACAUAUUCCAUAGAGCUAAGGUCACUGAGAUUAUUCAAAUAGAAUUGGGAAUUUCAAUUUCCGUACACAUGCACACGACUUUUUACGAUUAAAAGAACACCACUUACAUAUGUAUACAUAUAUAGAAAUAGAAAUAUUAGUGAAAUGAAACCGAAAUACUCGACGCAUACGCAACCAAAGACACACAUACAUGAUGACGUGUGCCUGUGUGUGCAUGGAGUUAGAUAAAAAGCGUACCACCAGCAAACAGAGUUUUAAUGAUAAAAGUAGCAAAAGGAGCAUUUUCCGCUUGUAGACGCAAAUUUAAUGAACUUUGAAAUAGUUUUUACUCAACACAUUCGUAAUUUAUUUGAAUAAACACUGUAAAUAGCAUUUUAAGUCAGCGUAAAUAAAAGCAAAAAAAAAAUAGUUUUAUAAUAAAAACCAAAAAAAUAUUAAAUGGAAAUAAUAAAUAUUAUAUUUAUUUAUGUAUGUAGUAACGGCGAUGGCGGCACAUUUGGAGCCAUUCAAAGCUCAUAAUUAUUAAUGUAUUAUUGUAUAUUGCGGCUAGUUUGUAAGUAAUUAACACACACGCAUACAUAUAUGCAAAAGAAACGGUAAAUAUGUAAUUAUAAGCAAACACAAGCAACUUUACAACAACAGAAAGCAAAAACAGAAAAUCAGAAAAGCGCAAAAAGCAGCGCUUUUAUGUGAGUUUUGACACAUACUUAUUGACCAAAAAAAAAAAAACAGCAAACGAACAACAACCAAAGUUUAGCGCAAAACAAAGUCGCUUUAUCAAAUGAAA